AUGGGCUUUUUAGCCUUUCAGCCAUAUUUUUUUGUGUUUGCUAUCGUCAUUCUGACAGCCUAUUUUGGUGGUACCGAAAGAAUCGAGCAGGAAUACGAUAAUUAUCAAGAAUUUGUCGUUGUUGAAGGACAGCAUGGUCUCUUUCCGACAAUUUUCAAUUUGGCAACAAAUGCACUAAUUUAUGCGGAUGCUACCUGUGGCCAACAUUAUCGUGAAAUUUACUGCAAAUUAGUGGAGCAUGUUUUUAAUAGGCAACCGCAAUGUGACGUUUGUGAUGCAAACGAUGUCAGAAAGCGCCAUCCAAUUGAAUUUGCAAUUGAUGGUACUCGACGAUGGUGGCAAAGUCCAUCGUUAGCUAAUGGGCUUGAUUACGAGCGGGUCAAUAUCACCAUUGACCUCCGACAAGAAUAUCAAGUGGCAUAUGUAAUUGUAAAAAGCGCAAUUGCACCUCGACCUGGAACUUGGAUAUUAGAGAAAUCACUUGAUGGUGUUAACUAUCAACCGUGGCAAUAUUACGCAGUUAGUGAUGCGGAAUGUUUACGACAGUUUGGUGUACCAGCAACCAUUGGUGUACCACGAUUUACACGAGAUGAUGAGGUAAUAUGUACAUCAUACUAUUCAAAACUUGAUCCGCUAGAAAAUGGUGAGAUUUAUACGUCACUCGUAAAUGGACGACCAUCUGCUGAAGCUGCUUCUGAAACGUUACAGGAGUUUACUCGAGCUCGUUAUGUACGACUUCGUUUGAUGAAUGUACGAACAUUGAAUGCUGAUUUAAUGAUAAUUAAUCGGCGUGAUAAAAGUAACAGAUUGGAUCUAUCGGUUACAAGACGUUACUUCUAUGCCAUCAAGGAUAUUAGCAUUGGUGGUCAGUGCAUUUGCUAUGGACAUGCAGAAAGUUGUCCACCUGAUCCAGUCACCGGGCAAUCACGUUGUGAAUGUCGUCAUAACACGUGCGGUGAAUCGUGCAGCGAAUGUUGUCCACUAUUCAAUCAACUUCCGUGGCGUCAGGGAACACAAUCACGACCUAAUGUUUGUCAGCCUUGUCAAUGCUUUAAUCAUGCUACACGUUGCGAAUACGAUGAAGAAGUGGAACGAUUGGGUCUAAGUGUUACACCAGAAGGUAUCUUUGAAGGUGGCGGUAAAUGUAUCGCUUGUAAACAUAACACAGAUGGAAUAAAUUGUGAACGUUGCAUGUGGACAUACUUUCGACCAUCAGGUGUUACUCAUUAUCGAGAAGAUGCAUGUCAACCUUGCGAUUGUGAUCCAAUCGGUUCCGAGAAUAAUAAUUGUGUUCGGGAUGAGACUAGUGCAAUUGGUAAUCAAAAACCAGGUGAUUGUAUUUGCAAAUCUGGAUUUGGUGGGCGUCGAUGCGAUAUUUGCGCAGCGGGAUAUCGGAAUCAUCCGAAAUGUGAGCCAUGUCCAUGUAAUCGAGCUGGUUCUCUGAAUUUUAACACCUGUGAGGAGGAACAUUGUAUUUGUAAGGCAAAUGUAGAAGGCCCUUAUUGUGAUCGAUGUAAGAAAGGUACAAUUAAUCUGGAUAUGAAAAAUCCAGAAGGUUGUCAACCUUGCUUCUGUUUUGGUCUUAGCAAAGAAUGCCAUGAAAUGCAAUGGAAUCGGGGAGCGAUACGAAGCACUAAAGGUUGGAUGUUAACUGAUAUAUCGGGUGAAAAAAUGGUUGCGCUGAAAUCUGAGAAUGAAAUAUUGAUGUAUAGUAAUAAUGAGUAUCGAAAUAAUGAUUUGUACUAUUGGAAGGCGCCAAAGGAAUUUAAUGGGAAUUUGUUAAAUAGUUAUGGUGGAAAUUUGCAAUAUUAUGUAUACUUCGUACCGAUGGGUGACGGACAAGAAAUAUCCAUUCCUGAUGUUAUCAUAGAAGGUAACGGUAUUAAAAUGGAAUAUAACAGUCGACAGAAAUUUUUCCCGAGAGAAAAUAUUAGCAUUCAGAUACCAAUGAAAGAAGGUAGCGGAUGGUAUAAUUCAAAUAUGCGUACACUUAUUGAUAAGCAUGAAAUGAUGCGUGUUCUAGCUGAUGUUAACACGAUGAUGAUAAAAGCAGUGUAUAAUAGGGAACAAAUACAAUCAAGUAUCUAUGGAUUAACAUUGGAUACUGCAAUUGAACCAAAAAAUACAAACGAAAACAUGGAGAAAAUGUUGAAAUCAUCUCAAAUGUUGAAUACAUUGAUGCGUGGCGUUGAAGUAUGUCAGUGUCCUGAAUAUUAUGCUGGCAAUAGUUGCGAACGUUGUAUCUCGGGAUAUCGCAGAGUAAACAAUCAACUAUUUGAUGGUCAAUGCGAGAAAUGUAACUGUGAAGGACAUUCAUUUGAAUGUGAUCCAUUCACAGGUGAUUGCAUAAAUUGUCAA